CCGAGAAGUGUAAUCGGGGAUUUCAAGGUUCUGCGGACUGAUAGCUGGUUCAGGUUCGAGACUUGUGUUUACACAGGAUGACAUUAUUCAUUCAGGAUAACACGAAUUUAUUCCGGUAACAGUAUCUGCUCAUAAGAAUCAUCCUGACUUGUUGUUCAGUAUCCAACAGAGGAAGCAGCAGGUGCAAGUGACGGACACUACAAACUUCCUCUCCCCCAGACUGUGUUUGUCGUUUCUCAUCUCUCACUGAUUGUACCAUCAAGAUUAGAGUUUGGGGGCCAGGCAACGUGCCUACCUGUCUCUGGACAGGACUCCGCCCUGACAACCAGCGGCGUGUCUCUCACAGAGCAUGGUGAAAGAGCACGGUUCACCAUGGAGCUGCAUGAUAAGCCGCAGGAGGAAGCAGUGGCUCCACUGGGUCUGUCUACAGCCCAGGCUUUAGAGAUACUCCGGGAUCAGCUUUCCAGUCUGCUGGAGCAGCACCAGAAGCUCAACCAGCGCAGAUCCACCCUCAAGGAGCUGUGGACGAAGAGCUUCCUCCACCAUGAUGAUCGUCAUUCCUGCUUCCAUUGGCCAGGUGCCGCUCUGACGUUGGUGGUAGUGAUUGGCUUGCUGUGCGGCCAUGGUAGUCAGCCAGAAGGCAGUGAAGGCAUAGAAUUGGUGAAUGCAGGAGCUCUCUUCCUCCUGCUGCUCCUCAACCUUUUUCUAAUCAGACGAAAGCAAAGACUAAAGCAGACUGAGAUGGUACGGCGACUGAAAUCCAUAAUUUCUGAUCUCAAUGAUCACUUGAAGGGUAGUGAUGGAGAGAAAAUAAAAUGGGCCUUAUCCCGAUACCCUGAUUUGUACACACCUUCCUCUCCAUCCUGGUGUCUGCACUGGACAUACCGAGAUGAGCAGCUUGUUAAUCUGCCCGUCAGUCUGUUGGUGGAGGGUGAUGUGAUUGCUCUCAGACCCGGUCAAGAAUCAUUUGCCUCACUUAGAGGAAUUAAGGAUGAUGAACAUAUUGUGCUGGAGCCUGGAGAUUUGUUUCCACCUAUCUCUCCUCCUCUCUCUCCUCAAGGGAAUAAUAGAAAAGGACCCCACAGCCCUCAGCAGCACCGUCUCUUCAGGGUGGUGCACACCCCUAUACUAGCCAAUGUUAGAAAUAGUCUUGAUCUUGCUCUUUCUCGACCAGUCACAGCUCUUGAUAAUGAACGGUUUACAGUACAAUCGAUCAUCGCCAAGUAUGCCUGCCCUGCUGUUCUGGUGGCAUUUUGUACUGUAAAUACAAUUCGUUACUUUUUUGACGCUCCCGGUCUCACUCCAGCUCGCUUUAACUUUUUUCAGCUGCAGAUGAUGGGAGUGCUGCCUAUCCUACCUCUGCUGUUCCCAGUCAUGUGGGUACUGGUCACUGCCUACGGAGAGGCACGCGUACUAGCAGAAUUUAGCCGCAACUCUUCAACAGGAUUGCUUGCUAAGUUCUCUGAGGACACUCUAAGCAGCUACACAGAAGUGGUGUCCUCUCAGGAGAUGCUGCGCUGUGUGUGGAGAUACUUUGUGGAUGUUCUAAAAGGAGAGUCUCAGACGCUGUGCUAUACUUCAAGCCUGUUGCGUAACCUGGGCUCAGUUACAGUACUAUGCUGUGUGGAUAAGCAGGGUGUCUUGUCCUGGCCCAACCCCAGCCCAGAAAAGGUCUUGUUCUUCAGUGGCCGUGUCGAGCCACCACACACCAGCCAGAAUGACUUGAGAGAUGACCUGUCUGAUAAUUCAUUUUGUCGUACAGAAGGAGAGGAUGACAGAGAUGAAGCUCAGGAAGGUGAGGCUCUUUUGAGUGCAGCUGCAUUUGAACCUGCCUUUUACCUAGCUAAUGAGGAGGAGAUGUCACAUGACACGGUACGCUCCUCUGAUACACACCAGAUUCGUCGAGGCACCCAAAGCACACGUUCAAAGCACCCAUCUGGCUCCAACGUCAGUUUCAGCCAUGAUGCAGAGGGCGGAGAGGAGGAGAGUGCACAGCUAUGUGCGAUUGAUGAUCUAUGUGAGGCCGAGGACUUUGUAUGUGACUAUCACAUGGAGAUGUUGAGUCUGUCUCAGGACCAGCAGAACCCUGUCAGUAUUCAGUUUGAUGACUCCAGCUGGCAGGCCUACCUCCCAUCACUGAAGCCACUGGGUCUGAACAUAAUGCUGAAUUUGUGCAAUGCUCCAGUCACACAGCAGCUGUGCAGCUUCUCAGACCACCUCUCCAACCUGGCACUGCAGGAAAGCCAUGGUGCUGUGCUUCCUGUCAACGUGCCCUGGGGCCUCUGUGAGCUCUCCCGCCUCAUAGGUUUUACUCCGGGAGCAAGAGAACUAUUUAAGCAGAAGAAUCAUUUGGCCUUGUACCAGUUGCCCUGUGGAGAGAAUGCCAGAGAGCUGUUUCCACGCCGCCUGCACCAUAUCAUCAAGCGCCAGCCACCCAUCAGCCAUUUGAUCAGCCUGCUAGUCCGUGACAACACCACUAACAAUGUACAGAUGUUCUCCCAUGGCUCAGCUGAUCUAAUCCUGGAGGCUUGCACUGACUUCUGGGACGGCGCAGACAUCUACCCUCUGUCUGGCUCUGACAGGAAGAAAAUUCUGGAUUUCUACCAGCGUGCCUGUCUUUCAGGUUACUGCUCCGCCUUUGCCUACAAACCCAUGCAGGUGGAGCUAUCAAACCAGCUAAAUGGGAAGUGUGUGGAACUAGCAGCCGGCCCCUCGCUCUUCUCCGGGGUCGAGUUGCCCAGCACCAUGCCCAUCAAACACAGUGGCCAUCGUAACAGCUGGAGCUCAGAUGAGGGCAUUGGAGAGGGCUUGGAGAAGGAAGACUGUGUUCAGGCCCUGAGUGGCCAGAUCUUUAUGGGCAUGGUAUCAUCACAGUUCCAGGCUCGUUUAGAUACAGUUCGCCUGAUCGAAAAUCUGGUUGGAGCUUGUAUCCGCUUUGUUUACUUCUCCCGGGAGGAUGAACUGCGCAGCAAGGUGUUUGCGGAAAAGAUGGGUUUGGAAACAGGCUGGAACUGUCACAUUUCUCUGACCCCUAAUGGUAAUAGCCCUGGUGAAGGACCUCCGUCCAGUCCUAGCCAGGCAGGCUCUCUACGUGAUGACCUACUGCCAGAUUCUCAGGACGAUGCUGAGGGACCAUUACUUGCCGAGGAUGAAGGUCAGUCAGAUCUGGCCAGCUUCCAGGCUACAGAGAGUGAUGUGUUGGCUGACUGCAACCGAGCCAAACUGCCUCGAGGUAUCCAUCAGGUUCGUCCUCACCUGAAGAACAUAGACAAUGUGCCUCUGCUUGUACCUCUUUUCACUGAUUGCACCCCAGAAACCAUGUGUGAGAUGAUGAAGAUUAUGCAGGAGAACAGAGAAGUGACAUGCUGUUUGGGGAGCUCAGCUAACUACCGCAACAGCUGCCUGUUCUUACAGAGUGACCUCAGUAUCUCUCUAAACCCGCUGUACCCGUCUCGGUGCUCAUGGGAGACAUUUGGCUAUGGGACGGGCUGUGGUGUAAAUGAGGAAUGGGAAGAGCUGACCCCGCUGCGCCUUAGUGCUCGACUCAACAGCCUUGGCUGCUCUGUUUCGUUACACCAGGGCGAGAGCUUCAGCAUGGUCAAACUCAUAGAGCAGGCCAGGCACACUACCUAUGGGAUUCGCAAAUGCUUUCUCUUCCUGCUGCAGUGCCAGCUCACUCUGGUCAUCAUUCAGUUCUUGGCUUGUCUAAUUCAGCUUCCACCUCCACUGAACAUAACAGAUAUUUUAUGGCUUUCCUGCUUCUGUUACCCACUACUAAGCGUGUCUUUCUUGGGGAAGCCACCUGACAGCUCUGUGAUGACAGUGGCCACUGGAAAAAAUCUGGAUGCCAUUCCUCACAAGACCCAGCAGUACUUUCUGGGCUGGUUUCUGCUCAGGUUUGGACUGACGGUCUGUACCUACCUGCUUGGUUUUGGAUUCUCCCUGCAGGAAGUCUGUGCUAGAGUUAGUAACACCAGCAGCACUGUAAACAGCACUGUCAGCUUCUCCCACAUCUUUGUAGCUAGCUCAUCUGAAGAUGCUCCUAAGUGGUUUAGUGAGUUGUCUAAUGGUCUGCUGCUCAUUCAGAAAGUCAUGGCAGGCUUUCUGGCUCUGCAUACUGUGGUCAUCUCUCUCAGCUAUGUGCACCGUUCUCAACCACUGUGGAGGAAGAAUCCAUUUAGCAACACAUGGUGGUGUCUCACUGUGCCUUUUGUGUUAAUGGGUCAGGUGGUGCAGGCUACGGUUGACUAUUAUUUAUGGCAAGACCGAAGUGGAGGUUCAGUGUUUUUAUUAAACCAUGUGCCCAUGGUGGUGUGGCUGCUGGUGUCGCUGUCCACUGUGUUGGUGGUGCUGAUCAAUGAGGCUGUCAAACUGCAUGAGAUCAGGGUUCGUGUGCGUUACCAGAAGCGUCAGAAGCUCCAGUUCGAGACAAAACUGGGAAUGAACUCUCCUUUUUGAGCUGCUGGAAUGAAAGGUAUCUUGCUCUUAGUUCACACCAGUGAGCAAUGCCAGUCCAAGGGAUCUGCCUUUGGAUGGAAUGAUCAAAAAGCAUGCUCUUAGUGCCUCACUCCAACACUAAUUCUUCUUCAGCUAUGCUCCGAGUGACCACAACAAAGAGGAAGCAUCUCAGCCCGCAUUUUCUUACAUUUUUAACAAUUUGCUAUUUAUUUGCAUUGUGUAAGUGCGUGUUUAGCUCCAUGCUCUCUGCAGAGACGGGGGAAAAGAGGGUAGUAGGAGAAAAAGAGAGUUGGUGAGUGUUUUCCUGCAAACCACUGGAUGAUUUCAAGAGUUCCUGUGUUUUCACUUUUACUCAAGUUAUUUUACACCUCUACAGGGGUUACUUUUAACAAUUCAUUCAAACAGUGAUGGACUUAGUUCUACCCAUUCACAGUGGCCAUAACUGUCCCACUACAAACAAUGUGUUUAUUAUAAUCUGAGUCUUUUCUCCACUUGUUGUUGCAUUACCAGCAUUAUUAUAUUAAUUUCUUAAUUGCAUAAAUGACACAAAUAUUUUAUAUAUUGUUUUUGUUUUUUUCUUAUUUAAAUGUAAGUUUCUUCUGUUGUUGCUUUACUGUAUAAAGGUUUCAAAUCAGCCACAUUAGUAUGUCAUGCUGGGUCUUACUUUGUAAUUAUUACCCUGUAAUAUAUUUUCUGUUGUUCAUAAUGUUUAAAAUGUCUAAGUUUACCCUGGAUUUUGACUCUGAAGUAUGGUUAAACGUAACCCCGACCCAACUAAUUACUAGUAAUAUUACUAGUAAGUAUUCAUACAAGACUGGAUAUGGUACACUUAGUUUUAGGUCCACUUUUUAUUAUUCAAUCAAUUAUUUCCUAAAGAAAGUGAACCUCUGUAUUGUUAAGCUGCGUUGGCAGUGCAGAUUUGGGGGGGAUCUUCCAAGUACGACAUUAUUAUGUGUAACAAUUUUUAUCGAACAGACGACAUGAAGAUAAAAAUUUUAUUUGAUUUCUUAGUGCAUAAUUAACCAAAUUGAUUACUGAUAAUCAAAACUUUUUCUACCUCUUGCUAAUUGUCUUAAUUUUAACAGGGUUAUUUGACCAUGAUCAACUCGUCUUUCCCUAGAUAUACUGUAUGUCCCUCUCUAAAUAAGAUCUACUGAUUCUGAAACACGCUGCAGUUACAUCAGAGUACCAGUAGCAAACAAAAACAGUGAUGCAUGAAUGUGUGGUUGAUGUUGGAAAUACCUGCCAGGCCACUCAAACGUUGCUUCAGUUUGGCUGUUUUGCAUUUUUUCCUGUUGCACUCGCAACCCUCACCAUAUGCAUGAUAUCCGUGCUGCCUGAAGAGAGCCACAAGCUAGCACAAUCCUCCUCAGACACAUGUAAACGUUGUCUGCAAUUUCUUUUUACCAACCAGCAGCAGAUAUUUAUUGAGAGCUUUAAUUUGCUUAAAGAAACAGUCUGUUAUCUGUAUUUAUUCCACUGGACCACUGGAGUGUCCUCUGUUUAAUCUACAGUAUUUUGCCUUUUCCAUUCUAAUGUCAAUGUUAGUGGAAAGUUUGCAUGCCUUUCAGCUUUUGUCAAGUUGUUUCAAAUCCAUUAAGCAACCUUCACUAUAGAUAUCGUAAAAUAUUUUCUCUUGAUCACAGAAUGGAGAGAAAUGAUAGAAUGACCUCAUUUUAAUAGUCUUAUCCAUUUUUUUAAAUGGUUAAUGACAUUAUUUAUUCAUUUAUUUAUUUCAUGCAAUGUGUCUGUACAUUAGUAAUGAAUUGUAUUCACAUGCCUUUCACUCAAAUGCUGUGCCACAUGCACAAAAUAUUAUUAUUAUAUUACUAUGAUUGUAUGUGAUUGUUUUUAUCACCCCACUUCAUGCAGCUUAAAGGCAAUUUCUAAAAUAGGGCUCUGAAAUAAUGUUUGGUUAUAUUUUUUAUCUGGUGUCUAAGCUUUGAAUCAGAAAAUGUGCAUUGCUUCUGUUUAUGCUGUUUCAAAUAACGAAGUCUUUCUAACUUUACACAUAAAUCUGAAAUAUCAAAAAAGGUUACAUUUAUCAAUAAAAGCAGAAUUUAUCAAAGCCCUAUUUAGAUGCAAACACAGUGAUUCUAUUUACAAUCUACAGUUUCCACCUCAGGGCAGUUUUAAAUAUGUGUGUGUAGUUCAUCUGUAAAUGAGCAUUCAUAAUGUUCUUUUCAUAACUGCUGCUUUAAUGCUGCCAUACGAAUAAAAAGUGAAUUAUGAAAGGUGAAUUAGAAUUAUCAAGAGAUAUGUUUUCUGAAAUGCACUGAAAUUCUGUAUAUCAGAUUCUGUAACAAAAUGAUUGUCUUGUACAGACAUUUUAAGUAUAAUUAAGAUAUUUACAUUGCUGAGACAUGCAUGAUUAUGACAUUUAAAAUGCAAUGUUAUUGUUAAAUGUAAAAUUUUGAACACAUUUUAUCUUGCAUGGACUGCAGCUAUUGCUGGGGCUUCCAUUAUUUAUAUCUGCCUUAUGUUUUAUUAAUGAAACAGACCCAAGCUCAAGACUGUACAGAUAUUUGUGAGAAUCAGUAACAAAAUAAAACCUGUAUGGUUUGGUGCCAGCUACUCAAAAGAUUUUGCUAUAUGUGAAUGUUCACGAUUUAUAAAUGUUGUACAUUUUGAUAUUUUUAAGAUGUCAUUACAUAGAUUUUUUUAAUUGUUCUUAUUUGAUUUGUGAGCCAAUUUGUUA